CAACGCAAACUCGCGCCUCUUUGAGCAUUUUCUCGGUUAACACGUGCGUCGAUUUGAAGUGCGCCCGACUCGUCGAUCGAAUUGGAUAUUAUUUUCUAAAGAUGGGGCUGAGAACAUUUAUACUGUGCGGCUGCCUCGCAGCGGCGAGUGCUACCUUAGAGGUUGUGAAUCAAUGGAGUUUGCUGCAGUUCGACUUUCCACCAGACCCGGUCUUGCUUGAAAAGUUCCAACCUGAAAACACUGUCCCGACGGGCUUAGAAGUUGGAUGGGACAGGCUAUACUUGGGAAUACCACGUCUUCGUGCAGGUGUACCGGCGACAUUGGCAUGGGUGCCCCGUUCUCUGCCACCCGGUGUCAGUCCGGUUCUUCAGGCGUAUCCGGACUGGUCAUGGCACACAGCUGGACGUGGGGACAUCAACUGCACAGGCUUAAUAUCUGUGUAUCGCGUGCGUGCUGAUCGUUGCAACAGGCUUUGGGUGUUGGAUGCCGGCGUUAUUACCAGCCUUGACGACUUCCGUCGUGUUUGCCCACCAAAGAUCCUUAUUUUUGAUAUGGCUACCGACCGCUUGGUGAGAAGUGUAUACUUCCCGCGAGAACUGCUGCGCCCUGCGUCUCUCCUCACAAACAUCGUGCUAGAUGACAGCAGGUCAUCCGCCUCCCGUCAUUCCUCGACGUGUGAUAAUCUAUUCGCUUACAUUACUGACACCGUCGCCCCAGGUAUUAUCGUCUAUGAUGGCAGAAGAGACAAUGCUUGGCGCGUAACCCACGCGUCUAUGUACCCCGACCCCGACCUCGGAGAGUACGAUAUCGGCGGCGAAAAGUUCACCCUCAUGGACGGCGUUGUCGGUCUCGCCCACUCUCCUGCCCAGGGAUUACUUUAUUAUCAACCUUUGGCUACUGACAGAAUAUUCAGCGUAUCCACAGCUGUUCUUGCAUCCGGUCCCCCAGCAGAAGGAACUGACUUACCGGUUAAUCUUGUGGGACGUAAAUCUUCCCAAGGUCUUGGUCUCGCUGUGGAUCCGAGGGACGACACCAUAAUCUUCAGUCCAAUGACAGAAACAGCAAUAGCUGCCUGGAAUCCUAUUACAAACUCACACAGAGUGCUAGCUCAGGACGCAGACAAGCUGCAGUUCUGCGCGGAGGUGCGCUGGGUGGAGCGUGACAAUGGCGCUGUAUGGGCGCUUUCAACGCGCUUCCACAAGUACUUCAAACGAUCUGUAUCAAAGCAUGAGAUCAAUGUACGCUUAGUACGUGUCGUGGAGGCAGGUUACGGCGGUGGCUACGUACCUAUUCAACCGCACGCGCUUCGCCGAUCUGCCAACUUCACAGCCUCGCUCUACUGAACUGAUAUAUGAAUAAAACCAAUACUCAUUUCAAAUUUCGGUUUAUUCAAUAAAUUAGCAAACGGCUUCAUUUCUUAUAUUCAGGCGUUCGGUUGUUAUUCAUGAAAGCAAAGAACAUAUAGCAAAAAUGUAUUUGAUAGUGCAAGUAACAGUAUGAGUCCCAAAGGUAUACAAAUAUUUUUUGCUGGAUAGCGGGUCGUUGGGUUGUCGAACAUUUUUUUCUAAUAGACUAAGUAUUCGUUUACCACCGAGCACUAAGUCAAUUGUAGCCACAUUGAAUUGGAAACGUUUGGAGGUAGGGCUUUAACGUUAGACUUUCUAUCAGUAGUUAGUCAAUAUUUAACAGCUGUGAUGGCCCAGUGGGUAGAACCGCGAAUAGAUGUGAAUCUUAACCGUUGGUUGCAGGAUCUAACCCAUGCAAGCACCAUUUAAUUUGAUAUGCAUAAUUUGUAUUUAUAAUUUGUCUCGUGCUUGGCGGUGACGGAAAACAUCGUGAGGAAACCUACAUUUAUCGAAUGGCAAUCUGCCACAUCUGCAGCCAAGAACCUGCAUUGGAGCAGCAGAACCAUACUUUUUUUCUCAAAAGGAGACUUUAAUCCAGCAAAGGGACGUUUAAAAGAUGUUACUUUACUUUACUAAUGCAUUUGCUAUAUUGUUAUUUAAAAAAAUGUGUUCAUUAAGUAAUAUUAAUUCAAUAUUAACCGCUUUUAUUCAAUAGUUGUGUAUAUAUAAUAAUAACCGAGCGUCGUUCGUCUCUAGUUGUAAUGCUACAGACUGCAAAUUUGCUAUAGGGAAAAAUUAAUUUUAGAUUCAAUAUAAAGGUUUUACAUUUCAAAUAAACUAUUAAAUAUUUCUUUGAAUAGUCUGAGGUAAUUUUUUAUAUACAUGUAUGUUGUAUAACAUAAAAU